AUGAAGCAGAGGAAUCCGGCGGAUUACCCGUCAGUGGACGAAGUCCUUCAGGGCCUGGAAGGCAACGCGACAGCGAGCGCAACUGCUCUCGAGCAGGAUAUCUACGGGCAGUACGCCUGGGAAAGGGAAGUUGAAAGGUCAUGGGAAUGCGUGGUUGAGGCUGAAGGGCAGCUGCGACUUGUGGGGGGAGAAGAGAGCGGCGUGGAGGACCGGCAAGGACCCCCGAGAGACUCCCACAUCAAGCGGGCUCUUCUCAGGAGUUUAGUAAUUCUCAUAGACGCAACUGAUGCCAUGCGGGAGACGGACUUCAAGCCGGACCGCCUGACCUGCGCUACGCAGUUGCUAGAGGAUUUCCUUGAGUCAUUUCUUCUCCAGAAUCCUCUGGCUCAAAUAGCGCUGGUGUUCAUGGCGGAUGCCGCAGCAGAGGUCCUUUGCCCAGCAGCUGCCGCUGUUGCCGCGGAAGCCUCUCCUGCAGCUCUGGGAGCUCCCAGUUCGACUCCCGGAGCAAGCUCUUUGACGAUAGGGACGUCCAGCUACUUCAGCAGCAACGUGGAGGAGCUGGUGACGGCGUUGGUGGCUCGCAGACGCCGCAGGAACUUCCCCACUGCCCACGCGCCGUCCCUCAAGAACGGCCUAGAUAGGGCUCGUGCCCUCCUAGGAGCUGUCCCUCCCUACUGUACACGUGAGGUUCUGGUGCUGUAUGGAUCCAUUCGCACGUGUGAUGUGGGAAGCAUUGAAGAAUCCAUUGAAGAGCUUAAAAAGAUGCGAGCACGCUGCUCCAUCGUUAGUCUCUCCCCGGAGGUCCACAUAGUCAAGGCUCUGGCCACUCAAACGGAUGGCAGUUUCGGGGUGGCGCUUCAUAGAGACCACCUGCGUUCACUGCUGAUGCAGCACACGCAACCUCCUGCAUGGCUGGAAGGCCUGCAGCCUUGUUUGAUUCGCGUAGGGUUUCCAUCGUUCAAGGAAUCUUCCACUGCUGCCUUGUGCAGCUGCCACAGCCUGCCUCGCUUUCGGACAUACACGUGCCCCCUCUGCAGCGCCAAGCUUUGCGAUGUGCCUUGCAGCUGUUUGUGCUGCUCCUUGCAUCUCCUGUCCCCCGCGGACGUCUCCCGCUCCUUCCACAGCCUCUGCCUUCCGGAAGCCUUCGAGCCUGGGUGCUCUCCUUGGGGGCUCUGUGUGUACACGCAGUUUUCCAGUCGUAUUCGAUGGGUGUGCUGCGGUGCAGCAUCGCGAUGUCCUGACUGUAGGAACGUCUUUUGCAGGGAAUGCGACAUUUUUAGCCAUGAGCAGCUGCGACACUGCCCGUUCUGCGUGAUGGACGACAUUGCCAACAUCGGAGACGCCCCAGACUCCUCUAUGCCCACAAAGGGAGGGCCUAGCAACACACGAGCUUAG